AUGCGGCAGCCAGUCCCUGUUGAGCAAAGGGUUGCUAUUGCAAUCUGGUGGCUGGCCAACACCACAAACUACAGGCUGAUGGGAAACCAAUUUCGCCUGGCUCGCUUGACGGUGGCAGGCAUCGUGCAAGAGGUCACACAGGCUAUUGAGGAGGAUCUGAUUAACCGUGCAGUCUACCUUGGUUCUCACGAUCGGAUUAUGCAAGCUUUCGUGACAAUGGGUUUCCCAAAUUGCGUGGGUGCCGUGGAUGGGUGUCAUAUACUAAUCCACGCCCCGCCCAGACUCUCAGACAACUACAUCAACCGGAAACGUUUCUACUCCAUUCUUCUUCAGGGCACAGUGGACCACACCGGUUGCUUCACGGAUGUGGUGAUAGGUUACAGUGGCAAGUGCCAUGAUGCCUAUUUUCUAUGGUGCUCCAACCUGAUAGACCUGAUGGAUUCUGGUGAUUGGGUUCCUGGCAAUCCCAUGGUGACAAUCCAGAAUGUGCAGGUUCCUCCUCUGAUCCUGGCUGACGCAGCCUACCCUCUGAGAUGUUGGCUAAUGAUGCCUUACACUGGGCACCUGACACCAGAGCAGGCUAGGUACAACGCGGCACAUAACAAGUGCAGAAAUGUUGUGGAACUUGCCUUCGGAAGGUUGAAGGCACGAUGGCGUUGCCUGAACUCAGAGAUCCCCGUGGACAUUAGCAAUGUCAAUGCAAUAGUUGCCUCCUGCGUCAUCUUACACAACCUCUGUGACGUGAGAGGCCAUGAUGCUGUGAUGCUCCCAGAAGACACUCCUCCAGUGGUAGUUCAGGAUGAUGAUGAAGGAGUGGACGACCAUGUGGAUGAGCGGCAGCUGGAGAUGGGUCGUGCUCUCCUGGCGGUGCUGAAAACCGUUCGCCUGGACAGCUCCUGGCAGCGCAACUUCUUAUGCUCCAUGGCCGAGAUGGGCGUCAUGCGGGAUGACGGGAAAGCAACAAUAUUCGAUUGGUAA